CUCCUCCCUUCCAUUCCUUCCUUCCUUCCCUGGACACCGACGAGGGUUCCGCCGACCCGCCGCCGCCGCCGCCAUCCAUCCAUUGACCGCGCAAGGAGGAGGAGCGCAAGGGGAGGAGGACACCAAUGACGUGGCUCCGCGCCGCCACGGGCGUGGCCCGCCACGCCGCGCGGCGGGCCCUCAUCGCCCGCGCCACCGCCGGCACCACCCGAUCCGCGGCCUUCCACACCACCGCGCUCCGCCGCAGCGCGGCCGCGGCGCCCGCGCCGCGCGCCGUCCCGCUCUCCCGGCUCACCGACAGCUUCCUCGACGGCACCAGCAGCGUCUACCUCGAAGAGCUCCAGCGCGCCUGGGAAGCCGACCCGGCCUCCGUCGACGAGUCCUGGGACAACUUCUUCCGCAACUUCCUCGGCCAGGCCGCCACCGCCGCCGCCCUCUCCGGGCAGACCAUCCAGGAGAGCAUGCAGCUGCUCCUCCUGGUCCGCGCCUACCAGGUGAACGGCCACAUGAAGGCGGCGCUCGACCCGCUCGGCCUCGACGACCGCGCCGUGCCCGACGACCUCGACCUCGCCAACUACGGCUUCACCGCCGCCGACCUGGACCGCGAGUUCUUCCUCGGCGUCUGGAAGAUGUCGGGCUUCCUCUCGGAGAACCGGCCGGUGCUCACCCUCCGCGAGAUCCUCCGCAAGCUCGAGCAGGCCUACUGCGGGCCGGUCGGGUUCGAGUACAUGCACAUCCCGGACCGGGACAAGUGCAACUGGCUCCGCGACCGGAUCGAGACCGCCAUCCCCACCCCCUACCCCAAGGACCGCCGCCUCGUCAUGCUCGACCGCCUCGCCUGGAGCACGCAGUUCGAGAACUUCCUCGCCACCAAGUGGGCCACCGCCAAGCGCUUCGGCCUCGAGGGCGGCGAGACGCUCAUCCCCGGCAUGAAGGAGAUGUUCGACCGCGCCGCCGACCUCGGCGUCCACAACAUCGUCAUCGGGAUGCCGCACAGGGGCAGGCUCAACGUGCUCGGCAACGUCGUGCGCAAGCCGCUGUCGCAGAUCUUCAGCGAGUUUGCCGGCGGGACCAGGCCGGUGGAGGGCGAGGACGGGCUCUACACGGGCACCGGCGACGUCAAGUACCACCUCGGCACCUCCUACGACCGCCCCACCCGCGGCGGCAAGAGGAUCCACCUCUCGCUCGUCGCCAACCCCAGCCACCUCGAGGCCGUCGACCCGGUUGUCGUCGGCAAGACGCGCGCCAAGCAGUUCUACUCCGAUGACGCUGACAGGACGAAGAACAUGGGCAUUCUCAUCCACGGCGACGGCAGCUUCGCUGGGCAGGGCAUCGUGUACGAGACGCUCCAUCUGAGUGCCCUUCCAAACUACACCACCGGAGGAACCAUCCACAUUGUUGUCAACAAUCAGGUUGCCUUCACCACUGAUCCAAGAGCUGGCAGGUCCUCGCAGUACUGCACCGAUGUUGCCAAGGCUGUCAACGUCCCUAUAUUCCAUGUUAAUGGUGACGAUCUCGAGGCUGUUGUACGUGUCUGCGAACUUGCCGCUGAGUGGCGCCAGACUUUCCAUUCUGAUGUCGUCGUCGAUCUCAUCUGCUACCGUCGAUUCGGACACAAUGAAAUUGACGAGCCAUCCUUCACGCAGCCAAAGAUGUACCAGGUCAUUAAGAACCAUCCCAAUUCAUUGAAGCUUUAUGAGGACAAACUGCUUGGAACAGGCGAAGUCAGCAAAGAAGAUGUUCAAAGGAUCCACGACAAAGUGAACCGAAUCCUGAAUGAAGAGUUCGCUAAAAGCAAAGAUUAUGUUCCCAACAAGAGGGAUUGGCUCGCAGCUUACUGGACUGGCUUUAAGUCACCUGAGCAAAUUUCACGUGUCCGCAACACCGGGGUUAAGCCGGAGGUACUGAAACGUGUUGGUCAAGCAAUUACUACUCUACCUGAAGGCUUCAAGCCCCACAGAGCAGUGAAGAAGAUUUUUGAGCAGCGCGCUGCAAUGAUUGAAAGUGGUGAAGGUAUUGAUUGGGCUGUGGCUGAGGCCCUUGCCUUUGCAGCACUCAUAGUUGAAGGCAACCAUGUUAGGCUGAGUGGACAGGAUGUGGAAAGGGGAACUUUUAGCCACCGCCAUUCGGUUCUACAUGACCAAGAAACUGGGGCCAAGUACUGCCCACUCGAUCAUGUUGUGAUGAAUCAAAACGAGGAGCUGUUUACUGUUAGCAACAGUUCGCUUUCAGAAUUUGCUGUUCUUGGGUUUGAAUUGGGUUACUCCAUGGAGAAUCCUAAUUCACUAGUACUCUGGGAAGCUCAGUUUGGUGACUUUUCCAAUGGUGCGCAAGUGAUGUUCGACCAGUUCCUGAGUAGUGGAGAGGCAAAAUGGCUGCGCCAAACUGGCCUUGUUGUUCUACUGCCUCAUGGUUACGAUGGCCAAGGUCCUGAACACUCCAGCUCCCGUUUGGAGCGCUUCCUUCAGAUGAGUGAUGACAAUCCUUUUGUCAUCCCUGAGAUGGACUCAACACUUCGCAAGCAGAUACAGGAGUGUAAUUGGCAGGUUGUGAAUGUGACAACCCCUGCAAACUAUUUCCAUGUGUUGCGUCGUCAGAUACAUAGGGAGUUCCGGAAGCCGCUGAUCGUUACAGCCCCCAAGAACCUACUUCGGCACAAGGAGUGUAAAUCCAACCUUUCUGAAUUUGAUGAUGUUGAAGGCCACCCAGGAUUCGACAAGCAAGGAACACGUUUCAAGCGUCUGAUAAAGGACCGUAACGAUCACAAGGAAGUCGAGGAGGGUAUCAACCGCCUUGUAUUAUGCUCUGGGAAGGUGUAUUAUGAACUGGAUGAAGAGCGGAAAAAGACUGAGCGCAAUGAUGUUGCUAUUUGCAGAGUCGAGCAGCUUAGCCCAUUCCCCUAUGACCUUAUCCAGAGAGAGCUAAAAAGAUAUCCAAAUGCGGAGAUCGUCUGGUGCCAAGAGGAGCCUAUGAAUAUGGGUGCAUACACCUACAUCUCCCCUCGCCUGUACUCGGCCAUGAAGUCCCUUGGGCGGGGAUCUUUCGAUGACAUCAAGUACGUGGGCAGGGCACCAUCGGCUGCCACAGCCACUGGUUUCUUGACCGUUCAUGUGCAGGAACAGUCAGAGCUAGUGAAGAAAGCAUUACAGCCAGAGCCGAUCAAGUUCCCCUGAUGGAAACUGUUUGCAACGUAACUCUUUCGAGGCUCAAGUUGUCAAGCCUGAGCACACCAUCUUAAAGUUUUGGUCUGUAACAAGUUCUUUUUUCUCUCCGUUUUUCUUUGAGGCGUUUCGCUCUGAAGGUCGUGAAUAAUCAACUCUUACUGAACCUUCUUGCUGUUGAAAAGGUGUGAGACCUAUCUCAACAUGAGCAACAAUUUUGAAUCGUUAUGCUAGUUUUACUGACUGUAUGGUGAUAUGUCCUUGUUUUCCUCGGGAAGCUAUCUGGACAAAUAUUACCGUUCUGAAUAUGAGCAAUAACAUCGUGUGGUUCUACUCUAUA